GUGACUAGGUGAGUGGGUGACUAGGUGAGUGUGGGUGACUAGGUGAGUGUGUGACUAGGUGAGUGUGUGACUAGGUGAGUGUGUGUGACUAGGUGAGUGUGGGUGAAUAGGUGAGUGUGGGUGACUAGGUGAGUGUGCGUGAAUGGCUGAGUGUGUGUGAAUGGCUGAGUGUGUGUGAAUAGGUGAAUAUGGCUGAAUGUAGACGAGGAAGGAACUAUAUAAGCACAGUCCAUUUAUCACUGAAACAUUGAACUCAGUUUGUAUCGCUUUAAAUCCUGACAGAAGUUAUCUCAGGACCCCUUUCAGGUAGAGCAGGUCCAACUGCACUAAAUAAAAUCAAUGAAGCUCUUUGUUAGUGAAAUGCACCCUGGGAGUUGUAGUCAGUUUGAAACACUCUGUUAGUAACUUUCCACUCUGAGAACCGAGUAUAGUUUGUCUCUUAUAUCCAGAAAUAUGAGCAAACAUACAGGCACUCAAUGUGUGACAUCACAGUUUGAGUUUUGGUUUUAACCUCAAAGACGUUUUCAGACCUUUUCCUUCAGUAAAUCCUGAAACCUGUCUGCCUGCCUGCCUGCCUCGCUGUCUGUCUGUCUGUCUGCCUGUCUGUCUGUCUUCCUGUCACUUUUUAUGGAGGGAUUCUCUGACCACUCAACAGUUAGCUUAGCAUUAACCUCAGUGACUGCAGCCUCCUGAAGCUAGCGUUCAUGUGGCUAACGUUGGCAAGUGACAUCACUGCGGCUCUGUAGGACUGAGCUGUGAUUGGCUGGAAACUGGAAAGUCUCCCCUCGGCUGCCCACAGGAAAUACCUUCCUGUUUUUUCUUCUUCGGUGGUCGACUCACAUUCCUCCCUCAGCCCGGAUCAAUGAGAGCUCUGAUUGGCCGAGAUCCACAGGGACUCAUUCUGACUGGAUGACUGGACUCUCUUUUUCUCUGAGAACCAUCGACCAAUGAUGGCGUCUAUCAGAGGACGAACAGGAAGUCUGAAUGUAUUGCAUUUCCUGCUGGGUGUGUUCCUGGUGUGUUCUGAAGUGGGUGUCUGUCUGGAGCUGCUGCCUUCAUCCACUAAAGUGCUUGACUCAAACGCCAACUACACUGUGGUGUGUUCUGGCUGGAGUCAGGUGACCUGGCGGUUACCUCAGGACGGUUUGGUGGACGGGGUCAUGGUGGAGAAUCAGGGGUCCAGCAGCGUCCUGCAGCUCUCUAAUGUCACCUGGAGGAAUUCUGGGAGAUACACCUGUGAGGAGAUGUCGUCCGAUCAGAGCAGAGAGAUCGAUAUCUUCAUACCUGGUCAAGGUCCGGAGGAAUGGUUCGUCCCUCUGGGUCCAGGUGUGGUGAUGAAGGAGGCGGAGGAAGAUACCAUCCCCUGCGUGGUGUCCGACCCGCAGCUCAACGUCACGCUGUACCAACGUCCUGGCAGGACGCCGGUUACCACGACAACAUACGAGCCGGGCCGCGGCUUCACGGGUCGUCUGAACGACACGUCAUACGUGUGCGUGGCGUCCCGCGGAGACGAAGAGAGAGAGUCACAGGUUUACUAUGUCUUCAGCAUUAUAGUGCCUAAGGUGAUGGAGGUGGAUCUGAUGGCGUCCAACGGGGUAUUGAAACAGGGAGAAGUUCUGACUGUAAAUUGCACCGUUAAAGACGCUGAGAUGGUCUUCUUCACCUGGGACUUCCCCCGCAGACAGGAAAUCGAGCCUCUGACCGACUUCCUGCCCAAUCAGAUCCGCUCCUUCGUUAACAUCUCCAUGGCAAUGGUGGCAGACUCUGGUGUGUAUGUGUGUGAGGUUAAGGAGACAAUGGAGGAACGAACAGUGAAGAAAAACAUCACUGUGACCGUCCUCGAGCGAGGUUACGUCUACCUGUGGCCGACAGGUGAGACCAACCUGUCGUCUCUCCUCCACCAAUCAGUGGAGUUCAGUGUGGAGGUUGAUGCCUACCCCCCCCCCACCUUCAUCUGGACCAGAGACAACCAGACCGUUACCAUGGAAACCACCGCCAUCGCCACCACACACCUGAGUGGAACAAGGUAUUUGAGCACACUGACGUUGGUUCGAGUUCGGAUGGAUCAGACAGGAAGUUACACAGUGACCGUUUCCAAUGACGAUGAUGUUGACAACAUUGUCUUUAACCUGGAGGUCAAAGCCGCCCCCAGGAUCACCUCUCUGUCGGAAGUUGGCCGUUCAGCAGUUCUGUGUGUCAGCGAGGGAGCUCCGCCCCCUUCAGUCACCUGGUACACCUGUCCCAGCUCACACAGGUGCAGCAAUUUAACUGGCGGCUGGAGGAGCCUAUCAGCAGCCUCAGAGGACGGGGCUCUGAACAUUACUGAGGAGAGAGGAGUUACCCAGGUACGCAGUGUGUUGACUCUCCACAGUCUCAUCUCUCUGUCAGCUGUUCGCUGUGAGUCCAAAAACUCUGCAGGACGCCACAGCAGAGAGCUCCGGAUCCAGUCCAACUCUCUUCUUUCUCAGGUGGCGGUGUUGGCAGUAGUUCUGGUUCUGGUCGUCCUUGCCUUCGUGUUCCUUGUCAUUCUCAUCCUCCUGUGGAGAAAGAAACCUCGUUAUGAAGUUCGUUGGAAAGUGAUUGAAUCAGUGAGUCCUGAUGGACAGCAGUACACCUACCUGGACCCUGCCCAUAUGCCCUACAACCUCGCCUGGGAGGUCCCUCGAGACAACCUAGUCCUAGGUCCGGUGUUGGGUUCAGGUACAUUCGGUCGUGUGGUUGAGGGAACCGUCUCUGGUCUGCUUCACUCUCACUCUUCGACUAAAGUCGCUGUCAAGAUGGUCAAGCCCAGCAGCGGUGCCGUUCAGUCUCUAAUGUCGGAGUUGAAGGUUUUGGUUCAUCUCGGUCCUCACCUGAAUGUCGUCAACCUGCUGGGAGCGUGCACGGGAGGAGGUCCUGUCUAUCUGAUCACUGAGUUCUGUCGUCAUGGAGACCUUGUGAACUACCUACAGAGGAACAAACACACCUUCUUACAAAGCGACGCACACACCAAGAGUGACAGUGAUGGAGGUUACAUGGACAUGAAUAAAGAGGAGAGCCUUCAGUACGUCGCCAUGAAGGAGCUCAGCUACGCUGACAUCGAGCCUGCGCUGUACGAGACGCAGUACACAGCGCCAGCUGACCAGCAGGAGGCCUCUCUCCUCCUCAGUGACUCUCCACUCCUGACUGUCAACGACCUCCUCAGCGUCUCCUUCCAGGUCUCUCAGGCCAUGGACUUUCUCUCCACCAGAAAUUGUGUCCACAGAGACCUGGCAGCGAGGAACGUUCUGGUCUGUGAGGGGAAGCUGGUGAAGAUCUGUGACUUUGGUUUAGCCAGAGACCUGACGAAUGAUCAGGAUUACAUCGCCAGAGGAAAUAGCUUCCUGCCUGUGAAGUGGAUGUCUCCAGAGAGUAUUUUCCAGAGCGUUUACAGCAGUCAGAGCGACGUCUGGUCCUACGGAGUCCUACUGUGGGAGAUCUUCUCUCUGGGUGGGAGCCCAUACCCCGACCUCCCCAUGACGCAGGAGUUUUACUCUGCUCUGAAGAGAGGGUACAGGAUGAGCCGACCUGACCACGCUCCACACAACAUCUUUGAUCUGAUGAAACAGUGCUGGGAGGAGAAACCUCAGUCAAGACCUUCUUUCUCCUCAUUGGUCGUCUCUGUGGGCAACAUGUUGACUGACGAAUACAAAAAGUGUUAUCUCCAGCUGACUGAGAACUUCCUGCGAGGUAAACAUCCAGCUGUUGUUCGAUCCAGAAUGAGUCCAUCCAGAGCAGCAGGAGAUCAGACUGACGGAAAGACAGACAUAAACGGAAGUCCCGACCCUCAAGUGAACAUUCAUCUGCUGGAGGCGGAGCCAGAGGAGGCAGGCCCCUCCCACGGCACUUACGUCAUCCCAAUCACUGACAUCACCAUAGAAACCAGCAGUGGAGCUGCGCCGGACGCAGUCAGCCCUGAGCUUUCAGACUCUCAGGACGUAGUGGGAGGACAGGAAGUGAAACCAUCAGAGGACAAGGAGGAGGAGGUUGAAGAGCCUUCAUCCUGCAGACACGAGGAAGAGGAGGAGAGCUGCCUGUGAAGGUUCAGCUGCCUUCGAGAUCAGAUGGAGGGUUUAAUUAAUCCAGUGUUUCUUCCUCCUGCCAGGCAGUGCAGAAGGGGAUUUUGCCCUGUAUGAGGUUAUUUUCCCCACAGUGCUGACUGAAAGGCUGCCUAAUGAAAUUUGGGCUUUUAUAUGCUCAGGUUUGAGUCCUUAAACAGGAAGCCGAACGACUAUAUUCCUGUUGAAACGAGUUGUGUUCACACUGUGCAGCAGGUCCUGAAUCAGAUUUAUAACUUUAUAAUAUUCAGCCUCAUAUUCUUCAUAUAUAUUCUUUAUAUCCUGGAUCGUCUGUAUUAUAUCUGUAUUAUAUCUGCCUUUGUUUAUUCAGAUGCUCUGAUUCUGUCAGAACUCAAGCUCUUUAUCCAAAUAAAUUUCAAAAUAAAA